AUGGCACAUCCAUCUCAAUUAGGAUUCCAAGAUGCAGCUUCACCUAUUAUGGAAGAACUUCUUCACUUUCAUGACCACGCAUUAAUAAUCGUUUUUUUGAUUAGUACAUUAGUACUAUAUAUUAUUGUGGCCAUAGUAACUACUAAACUAACUAACAAAUUUAUUCUAGACUCUCAAGAAAUUGAAAUUAUUUGAACACUUCUUCCGGCAAUUAUUCUUAUUCUCAUUGCCCUACCCUCCUUACGAAUUUUAUACCUAAUAGACGAAAUUAAUGAUCCUCACCUUACGAUUAAAGCUAUAGGCCACCAAUGAUACUGAAGUUAUGAGUAUACUGAUUAUGAAGACUUAGGAUUUGACUCAUACAUAAUUCCCACUCAAGACUUAACCCCUGGUCAGUUUCGUCUUCUUGAAACUGAUCAUCGCAUAGUUAUUCCAGUAGAAUCCCCAAUUCGAGUUCUAGUAUCUGCUGAAGACGUCUUACACUCGUGGGCUGUCCCUAGCCUGGGGGUAAAAAUAGAUGCCGUUCCAGGCCGACUUAACCAAACAGCUUUCAUUACCUCACGACCUGGAGUAUUUUACGGCCAAUGUUCAGAAAUUUGUGGGGCUAAUCAUAGCUUUAUACCAAUUGUAGUAGAAGCAGUUCCUCUAGAAUACUUUGAGAACUGAUCUUUCUUAAUACUUCAAGAUGCCU